UGACCAGCGAUCAAACAGCUAAUCUUGCACAAUCUCUUUUUCUCUGAUUCCUCCUCCUAAAUCCAACCCAUAAACCCAAAAAUACAAAACAAUUCCAUCAAUUUCCUAAAUUUUUUAUAACGCCGCAAACCCCCCCUUCCCUUUUCUUUCUUCUCUCUCUCCCCUACCUUUCACACUAUUGUAGUCCUGUAAACUGUGUAUUAGGCCGGACACUCUCCCAACCCCCCACAUUCACUCUUUCUCUCUCUCUCUCUCUCUUCUCCGUGUUGAAAAAUAUGCAACAACCUAUUACCAUUUCCACCCUCUAGCAUCAUUACCAAUUGAUUUCCCCAAAUAUUCUGAUAAUUCUAUUCUGUAUCACAAUGAAGUCAACUAAACUCCUCCUCCUCCUAUUCUCCCUCACCCUUACAUUCUCUCUCCUACCUUCCGCCGCACCAGCCGACGCCAACCCCACCGACGCUGCUUCACUCAAUGCGCUCAAAUCGUCGCUCUUCGGGCGCUGGAAUACCUCAUCCCCUAACGCCUGUCGAUGGCAAGGCGUAGUAUGCAACCCACAAGGCCGUGUCAUCGAGCUUCAUUUGCCUGGUGUUGGAUUUGUCGGUCCUAUCCCAAAUAAUGUUUUGGGUAAUUUGUCUUCACUUAAUUUUCUCUCUCUUCGGUACAAUGCGCUCACUGGGAGUAUCCCCUCCGACUUCGCUUCGCUUUCGGAGCUUCGGUAUCUUUAUCUCCAACAUAAUCGCCUUUCCGGUGGGAUUCCGGCAGUUUUAUUCUCGUUGCCGAAUUUGUUUCGGCUUGAUUUGGCUGGGAAUAGAUUCUCCGGUGCGAUUCCUUUGGGGUUUAAUAAUUUAACUAAUCUAGCUACAUUGUAUUUAGAGAGUAAUCAGUUGACAGGGGUGAUCCCUGAUCUGAAGCUGAGUAAUCUUAAGCAGUUCAAUGUGUCUCAUAAUCUGUUGACUGGAGAUAUCCCUUCGCAGUUUUGUGGGAUGCCGUCGACGGUAUUCGAAGGGAAUUCUCUGAGUCCUUGUGCUAGUACUGUACCUUCUCCGUCUCCGGGUGGUAGUAGUGAUGUUGAAGGUGGGGGUAAUAAAAAGAAGAGCAAGCUUUCAGCAGGGGCUAUUAUUGGUAUCGUUAUCGCUUGUGUGGUGGCAUUGAUUGCUAUACUGCUUCUUAUCUUUUUCUGCUGCUGUCGGAGAAAUAAGAAGACAGAGCAGCAGACAGGCACAAGGUCUGUUGAUGCUGUGUCUGCAGGAGCUGUGGCUGGUGCUGCAGGUGGUAAACAAUCAGAUGUAGAGAUGGCUGGAGAGAGAGCGGGUGAGAGAAAUGGUGAGAGCUCGACUGCUGCUGCUGUGGCGGCUGUCAAAUCAGGAGGUGGUAAGAGUGGAAGUGGUAUUGAUAAGACAUUGGUGUUCUUUGGUAAUGGGCCAAGAGUUUUCGAUCUAGAUGAUCUGUUGAGGGCAUCAGCUGAAGUUUUGGGGAAAGGUAACUACGGAACAACUUACAAGGCCGCCUUGGAUAAUGGUGUGGCGGUGGCAGUCAAGAGGUUGAAGGAGGUAACUGUGACUGAGAAGGAGUUUAAAGAGAAAUUGGAGGAGAUUGGGAAAUUAGAGCAUGAAAAUUUGGUGGGUCUUAGAGCUUACCAUUGUAGUGCUAAUGAGAAGUUGCUUGUAUAUGACUACUUCCCAAUGGGUAGCUUGUCUGCCCUACUACAUGGUAACAGAGGAGGUGGUAGAACACCACUGAACUGGGAAACUAGGUCAGCGAUUGCCCUUGGAGCUGCUCGUGGCAUUACUUACAUCCAUUCACAAAAUUCUAAAGCCUCUCAUGGCAACAUAAAGUCAUCCAACAUCCUUCUUUCCAACUCUUAUGAAGCUCGGGUGUCAGAUUGUGGCCUUGCACAACUUGCGAAUCCAAGCACUACUCCAAACCGUGUUGCUGGAUAUCGUGCUCCAGAGAUCACUGAUGCUCGCAAGGUGUCUCAAAAGGCUGAUGUGUAUAGUUUUGGUGUGUUCCUCUUGGAGUUGCUUACUGGCAAGGCUCCUACCCAUACCCUCUUAAACGAGGAAGGGGUAGACCUACCACGGUGGGUGCAAUCUGUGGUGCGGGAAGAGUGGGCUUCUGAGGUCUUUGACAUGGAGCUACUACGCUAUCAGAAUGUCGAGGAGGAUAUGGUUAAGCUCUUGCAGCUCGCAAUCGAUUGUACUGUUCAGUACCCAGAUAGCCGUCCUUCAAUGUCUGAAGUAACUAGUCGCAUUGAGGAAAUCUGUCAAUCGAGCUUAAGUUCUGGACAAGAUCCACUUGCUGACAUCACUAGUGAUCCAGAGAUCACGCCUUCAAAACUAAGCUAGUCCCUCCCAAUUUGUGUGAGUUGCACAUCCUCCACCAACUUCAAUUGAUUAAAAGUUAUCAAUUCUUACAAUUGUUUACCUCAAUUUAUAGAAAUACUUGAAUUUGUUUGUUUAUUCUUGAAACUGCCCUUGUUUGAUUGAGAUUCAUUACCCAUUAAUGUUCUUUCUGUACUUACUUCUCUCUUCUUUUUUUCCAUUUCAUUAUUGUUGUUCUACCAAGGGACACAUUUUACUUCUCCUCAUUCACCUGUAAUUUUUUGUUCCAAUGUUUUUGUACGUAUAUUCAACAUUAUUGAUUGUUGAUUGUGUGAGAUGAGAAAAAUGUGAAUAAUGCCCGUUUUCUUUUU